AUCACUCUCAGUACACUCAUAACAGCCUAAGCAUUACGAAACUUCUAUUAGAUCAAAUAAGCCUCACGUAUCAAAAUAGAAAUGCAUUUUUUUUAUAUUGAAUAAAUUCGACACUAAAUGUCUCCCAUACAAAAACUCUUCACUUGCUUAAUAAUUAAUUAUUUGCUGAACGUGGAGAGAUUUUGGGCGGAGUAAACCCUCUCGUGUUGCCUCUUCCUCUCCGAUUUGGCUCAAAUAAGAAGAGGCGUGAACGUCGGGUGGCUUUGCUGUUGAACAGGUCAUGUCGGUAAAGAUGGAAAUGGAUGUCAGUGGCGUGUCCAGGACACCCAUCUCUGUUCUACCUGCUGCUGCAGAGGUCAAAGCCAUGCUGAAACCCGAUACGGGGGACAGGCCCCGCUGUGCCAGCACCCCCUGCUCCCCCAUCAAAAGUACUGUUUCAGGCUUCCAGAUCCUCCACAUGGACUCCAACUACCUAGUCGGCUUCACCACCGGCGAGGAGCUGCUAAAACUAGCCCACAAGUGGUCUCCCAACCCAGAGAAGACCCUUAUCACCACACCGACCACCACAACGUCAACAGCAUCAGAGGCCUUGCCCAGUUCUGUCCCCAAACCCAUGGACCUGGGCACCCACCGGGCGUCGCGCAUCUACAAAGCCAAAAACCGCUACUACCAGCCAUACGACAUCCCCGUGGUCAACGGGCGCCGGCGGAGGCGCAUGCCCAGCUCAGGUGACCCCUACCUCAGGCCCCUGUCCCAGGGGGAGGGUGGCCCAGGGAGGGCCCUGCACCACGGCCCCCUGCCCCUCUGCCUUCUCAAGGGGAAGAGGGCCCAGUCCAAGUCCCUGGACUACCUCAACCUGGACAAAAUGAGUGUCAAGCAGCCUCCGGCCGACACAGAGGUGCUGCAGUUCCAGCUCCAGCACCUGACGCUGCGGAGCGAGCGCAUGUUCACCAGGAACAAGACAUGAAGCAACACCAGUCACCACCCGCCUGUUCUCUCAUCCACUCCCAUGGGAUUUGGGUGCUAUUUCCGGCUGUGCGUUUCUCUCCCUACUCAGAUCAUAGGAUAGUCCUUUAAGGGGACACUUGUGGAGACCACUAAUCUUGUUAUUAUUAUGAAAGCGAGGGUGACAAACUAAGCGGGUCUCUUGACGAAAUGAGACGCAUGCUAACGUAUACGUAAAAAUCCAGUGAACACAAAUUGUUAAGUUAGUACACUGAAAACGGGGGUCGUUUAGAUACAAAAAUGUGAAGUUCGUCAGGAUUAGCAAUAACUGGUAAACGUAUUUAUUGACAAUGUUUGUGUGUGUGUGUGUGUGUGUGUGUGUGUGUGUGUGUGUGUGUGUGUGUGUGUGUGUGUGUGUGUGUGUGUGUGUGUGUGUGUGUGUGUGUGUGUGUGUGUGUGUGUGUGUGUGUGUGUGUGUGCACGCGCACCUUUUUAAAAAUGGUAAGGGAUGUGUAACCAAUGCCUCUCAAACUGGCCCCAUUUUCCGGAUUUGGACUGCACUGUUAGACAUAUUAUGUUUUUACAGACCUUGCACCCUCAACUACAGCACACCUUUACUUUUUAACCACUAUACAUCCAUAGCAAUUAGCAUUAGCCGCAGCAGUACUGCACUAGACAACCAUAGCAAUUAGCAUUACCCCCAGCAGUACUGCACUAUACAUCCAUAGCAAUUAGCAUUAGCCCCAGCAGUGCUGCACUAUACAUCCAUAGCAAUUAGCAUUAGCCGCAGCAGUACUGCACUAGACAUCCAUAGCAAUUAGCAUUAGCCGCAGCAGUACUGCACUCUACAUCCAUAGCAAUUAGCAUUACCCCCAGCAGUACUGCACUAUACAUCCAUAGCAAUUAGCAUUAGCCCCAGCAGUACUGCACUAUACAUCUAUAGCAAUUAGCAUUAGCCCCAGCAGUACUGCACUAUACAUCCAUAGCAAUUAGCAUUAGCCUGAGCAGUACUGCACUUUACAUCCAUACCAAUUAGCAUUAGCCCCAGCAGUACUGCACUAUACAUCUGUAGCAAUUAGCAUUAGCCCCAGCAUUACUGUAUGUAAGCUACUGUAUGUCUGUAUGUGUGUGGAUGUAUAGGGACGGCAGGUAGCCUAGUGGUUAGAGUGUUGGACCAGUAACCGAAAGGUUGCUAGAUCGAAUCCCGAGCUGACAAGGUAAAAAUCUGUUAUUAUGCCCCUGAACAAGACAGUUAACCCAACUGUUCCUAGGCCAUCAUUGUAAAUAAGAAAUUGUUUCUUAACUGACUUGCCUAGUUAAAUAAAGGUUACAUUUUUAAAAAAAUGUGAAAGCUCUCUCAGCUACACUACUACUUUGCUCUUGCCAAGCACCAGGGAAAUGUGGGUUUAAUGUAAACCACUGACUGUUACACAAUCAAAAGGUUAUUUAUAACAGAAUCCUGUAAAGGGGCAAUCUGCAGUUACUACAUCCAUUUUUGGACCCAUUGAUUCGUGAAGAAUAUAACUUUUAAAUGCCUCAUGAGCUUAGUUCAACUGUCGUAGCCCAUCAGAACUCAAAAUAUAUGCUUGUUUUACUCCACUGUUUGUAAACAGUAAAUAUAAACAAACACUAUUAUAUAUAUCCUCAACAUGGUUAAAACUAUCAUUUUCCUAUCAUUGGUCCUUGUAUCCAUAUCUAUGAAUUUAAGUGUGGUUACAUUUCUGCAGCCCCAUCCCUCAGCUUUUUACCGAAAUGGGGGCGGGGAAAAGGCUUUGUUAUUGUUUCAACUGCUGAUUGCUGCUCUAAGAGGAUUUGUGGGGGAGAGGCUUACCGUCAGAGUGCCUGAGGGGAGAUUAGCUCCUUGUAUACAGAAUUAAUCCCCUCACUCCAUUUCUCCCAGUCAGACUGAAUCCUCAGCAGGGGUGAGGGGUUGAAUUAGGAGAUUCCAGAUUUUCUGCAUCUAGACGUUGUGUCCAUCAUUCUGAAUCCCAGUCAUUCUUUUCAUUUCCUGAAUAGGAGGGAUGGAUGUUUUAGCCUAGGUAAAAGGUUAUCAAUUUAGUUUUUUUUUUUUUGCCACCCCUUCAUAAAGGUGUGUAGAGCACCUGAAACACGUACCAUAGCUAUGGAAACCAAAGGAGGAUUAUUUUGGGGUGCCCUGGGAAAACUUGACCACAUUGUUUCUGUAAUAAGAUCUAUUUGGGGUUUCGUAGGACAUGUGACAAUCAUUUUGAGGAGUAAUCUUGGAGAACAUCUUACUUGAAGUAGCCCUGACCUAAUGCCCUCAUAUAACAAAAUCAUUUGCAUGAUAUAAAUUCUCUGAUAGUCUCUUACCAAUGGCAAUUUACCUAUUAUAAGCCAUAUGACAUGUAAUGGUAACUAUACACUGAGUGAACGAAACAUUAAGGACACUUUACUAAUAUUGAGUUGUCAACACAUGACAGACAGUAAAGUGCACCGUCUCAUGACUAUACACUUCUUGUCUUUCUCAAUACUGUAAUUCACCAAGCGACCAAAACUGUGAAAAUUUUGGAAAGAUCACCUUCUUUUUUUCUUCCAGACAUGCAAAACUACAGCUAGGCAGGGUAUUGGUCCAGACAGUACAUUUACACUGAGUGUACAAAAUAUUAAGAACACCUUUCUAAUAUUGAGUUGCACCCCCUUUUGCCCUCAGAACAGUCUCAAUUCGUUGAGGGUGUGGACUCUAGAAGGUGUCAAAAGCAUUCCACAGGGAUGCUGGCCCAUGUUGACUCCAAUGCUUCCCACAGUUGUGUCAAGUUGGCUGGAUGUCCUUUGAGUGGUGGACCAUUCUUGAUAUGCACGGGAAACUGUUGAGCGUGGAAAAACCCAGCAGCGUUGCAGUUCCUGACACAAACCGGUACACCUGGCACCUACUACCAUACCCCGUUCAAAGGCACUUAAAUCUUUUGUCUUGCCCAUUCACCCUUUCAAUGGCACACAUACACAAUCCAUUCCUCAAUUGUCUCAAGGCUUAAAAAUCCUUCUUCAACCUGUCCCCUCCCCUUCAUCUACACUGAUUUUAAGUGGAUUUAACAAGUGACCUCAAUAAGGGAUCAUAGCUUUCACCUGGGUUCACCUGGUCAGUCUAUGUAAUGAAAGACCAGGUGUCCUUAAUGUUUUGUACACUCAGUGUAUAAAGAUAUGCCUUUUCAUGCUUUAUAUGGUUUGGUGUGACUUUCAAAUUCUACUAUUAUGGGUUUAAGCUCUUUUUCAUCAUGCUUCUCUUUUCCACACUAACCUAUUUGUGUCAUAGGACAAGAAAAAUAACCUCCAAAAAACAUACAAGGAAAUAUUUUCAAAGUUAAGAACUAAAUCCAUCUCCUCUGUGUGUUCUCCAUUGUGUUUGUGUCUGUGUAAUUUGAGUAAAAGGUUAUUGGACCACACAUUCCCUUCUAAAUGGUUCAUGGGUUAGGGUUAGUCACCUGUCUGUCUUCACUCUAAAUGGGUUUUUCAGAAAUAGCUUAAUCUGUAUUUACAUAUAAAAAAAAAUUGUGUUUAAUGUAACUAUAUUGCAUUAUUAUUUAUUAAUUUUUUUAUAUAAUUUUUUAUUUAUAGUUGUAAUUUAUCUGAAGUCAUGGAAGACAUCGAUAUUGGUUGAAUAUAACAAUGGCAGUAUGUUGCAUAUAGGCUAUGUUUACCUGGAGUAAGACACUUAAAGGCACCUUAACCCGACGUAUGAACGGUGAUGUGUAGUUAUUUAAGGGUGCAGAUCACAACAUCAGCUAAAGAUGACAACUCAUUCAUUUGAACAAACUGUCCCUGAGUAACGUGAUAUGUUUUCACCAAACACUUGGAAAUGUUCUCUGGUGAAAUAUAUUCGCUAUUAUCAAUAACCGUCAACGAUUUGCUCACAUAUGUGACUGUGUUUGCAGUGAAAUUUUUGGUGGCUUUUUAGUUGUGAUGUUUAGAAUGUGUUGAUUUAACAGUUUAACCUUAACAGUGUUCGUACCGCAUCAUAUUAAUAGUAUACAGUAGAAAUUUUACAGUAACAAUUUUACUUUGGCCAUCAUGAAGGAAAAAUGCUACUUGUAACAACACACGUUUUAAUAUGCCAUACAAUUCAAGAAAAAACGUAAUAUUGUAAGACUGUGGCAGUUCUAAACAUGAAUACCCAAUGCAUUAUGGGAAUUAAUAAUAGACUACAGUAAUUCUGGCCUGAGAUGCCCGUUUAAUAGAGAAUCUCCAUUGAACAUGGUUUUUAGACCAGGACUGUUCUUAAUCUGUGACCAGGAAACCAGCCCUCAAUGUUCACAGUAAAGCAUUGUCUUCACAAUUACAAUGUGGGUUGAAAUGUGCUAUUUUCCUGCAUGACCAUUAACCACAACAAUGGAACAAGGAAGUUGCAUCGCAGGUCACAGUGCUUUUCAGUGACUCAUUUUGACUUGUUUGACUUGUUUGACGUGUUCAUAGGCUUGUGUGGAACUUUGUCAUUUUAUUCCUACAAAAGGUUUAUUGUCAUUUGGACUUUCUGGUCAAAUCUUUCACGCAGCUUGUAUACUGUAGUUUAGCUACCUAAAAGCAUUUGUUUUGUUUUCUACUGUGUCUAUUUAUGCCAUGCAAUGCGACUGAUUUAAGUUUUAUUAUCUUUCACUUGACAUUGUUAUUAAAACACUACUACGCUA